AACCCACUCCAUCAUCGCCUUUACCGACCACCACCGUCCUUCUGGAACAGAUCGACGAAAUCGGUUCAAAAUCGAGCUGGUCCUGCUAUCUUAGAGUACGCGAUAUUACGACUGGGUGGCCCCGCAAUUCACGGUCAUGAACGCUGGACAAUUACUCGCCAAUACCCUAUCUCCUGACGCAAAUACGCGUCAGGAUGCCGAGCAGCAGUUGGAGGCUGCGUCCAGGGAAAACUACCCGGCGUACAUGCUUAUGCUGUCGUCUGAGCUCUCUAAUGAAAGUGCUGGGAUAGACGUGCGGAAUGCAGCUGGAUUGGCCCUGAAGAACGCCGUCUCUGCACGCGAAGCGGCGCGUCAGACAGAGUACUGGAACCGAUGGCUUGCUGUCGAUAAUGAAACCAGAAACAAGAUCAAGCAGGCUUCUCUCGCGUCUCUUGCCUCCCCACAACUCAGGAUUGGCCAUGUGGCCGCUCAAGUUGUCUCAUCCAUUGCCUGCAUUGAACUAACCCACGGACAGUGGCAUGACUUGAUCUCGCUUCUCGUGACUUUUGUCAACGACGCGAGUAACACCAAUCUCAGAAUAUCUGCUCUUGAGACGAUAGGGUAUAUCUGCGAGGGAACUAAAAUCGAAGUCCUGGCUGCGCGUUCCAAUGAGAUUUUGACCGCAGUUAUCCACGGUGCGCGCAAGGAGGAGCCGUCGCCAGAAGUCCAGCAUGCCGCCGUGCGUGCCCUAUACAACUCUCUGGAGUUUGUCCGAGACAAUUUCGAGCGUGAAGGCGAAAGAAAUUACAUCAUGCAGGUGAUUUGUGAGGCUACGCAAAAUCCCAACGUACCAGUCCAGGUUGGAGCAUAUGAGUGCUUGGUGAAAAUUAUGAGUCUGUACUAUGACAAGAUGAGUUUCUACAUGGAGCGGGCUCUCUUCGGUCUCACAGUCCUGGGUAUGAAGAACCCAGAUGAAGCGGUGGCUAUGCAAGCGAUCGAGUUCUGGUCAACUGUUUGUGAGGAAGAGUACGAGUUGCAGUGCGAAGCUGCAGAGGCGGCCGAGUACGGGGAGUUUGCCGAGACGGAAUCACAGAAUUUCUCUAAGAUUGCCCUGCCGGAAAUUGUUCCUGUCCUUCUCACUCUCCUGACACGACAGGAAGAAGAUGCCGAUGAGGAUGAGUGGACUAUUUCCAUGGCUGCUGCCACCUGCCUGGCCCUUCUCGCCAAGGCCGUCCAGGACACAAUUGUCUCUGCUGUUAUCCCCUUCAUUGAAGCACACAUUAAGGCGCAAGACUGGCAUCAACGGGAGGCCGCGGUUAUGACGUUUGGGUCCAUCAUGGACGGACCCGACCCACAAGUGCUCGCUCCCUUAGUCCAUCAAGCACUGCCUCUUCUCGUCGAUAUGAUGAACGAUCCUGUUUUGCAAGUGCGGGAUACAGUAGCCUGGACGUUAGGACGCAUCUGCGACUUGUUGAUCUCUACCCUGAAGCCGGAUGUCCACGUGCAUCCCCUGGUGUCAGCUUUAGUGAACGGGUUGUCGGACCACCCGAGGAUAGUCUCCAACUGCUGUUGGGGUCUCACGAACUUGGCAGACCAGCUCGCGGCUGCCGCUGAGUCCGAUACUACGCCGCCACCACAAUCUGGGCCGCUGUCUCCUUACUAUGAGGGUGUGGUUCAGGCAUUGCUGAAGGUCACCGAGACAGCUGGAAAUGAGUCAAACUUCCGGACGGCUGCAUACGAGGCCAUCUCUGCGUUCUGUGCGAACGCCCCACCAGAUGUCGUUUCCGUUGUACAGAACACGAUAGUCACGAUCCUCCUGAGAAUGGAGCACCUGAUCAGUGUUCAGAACCAAAUUCUUGGUGUGGAUGACCGCAAUAACUGGAACGAUCUGCAGACCAACUUCUGCAGUGUUAUCGUCAGCGUUGUACGGAGAUUGGGCGAUGGAAUCCAGCCUCUGGCAGAUCGUAUCAUGACUCUCAUUCUCCAAUUGAUUCAGUGUGCGAGUAAGUCGUCAACCAUCAUGGAGGACGCGUUCCUUGUGGUUGGUACUCUGGCGUCCGCUCUGGAGCAGGGCUUCGCGCCGUACAUGCCCGCUUUCCUCCCCUUCCUUCACCCUGCGCUCAAGGCGCAUGAGGACACGCAGCUCUGUACGGUCGCUGUGGGCUUGAUUGGCGACUUCUCUCGAGCUCUGGGCGAGUUAAGCGCUCAAUACGCCGACGCUUUCAUGCGUGUAUUGCUCGAGAACCUCCAGAGCGACGUGCUGAAUCGCAAUGUGAAGAUCUCUAUUCUCUCCUGCUUCGGCGAUAUCGCCCUGGCCAUUGGGCCUGCCUUCGAGCCGUACCUGGAGACAACGAUGAGCGUGCUGCGUCAAGCUGGGGCUGUGCAACCCAACCCGCUCGACUAUGAGCUCGUUGAAUACGUUUCCAACCUGCGGGAAGGCAUCUUGGAGGCUUACACUGGUGUUGUCACAGGUUUGAAGAAUACCGAUAAGAUCAACCUUCUCAUACCUUAUAUUCCGAACGUCCUUGAGCUCGUCCAGAGAUGCCUAGCUGAUGAGGACCGGCCAGACAGUGUGGCCAAGUUAUCAUAUGGUUUGAUUGGCGAUUUGGCGGAUGCGUAUCCCAACGGGCAGAUCAAGCAAUUGUUACUAGCUGAGUGGAUCGCUCAGGAACUCCGUACUCGUGGGCGCAUGCCUCCAGAGACGAAAAGGACUUUGCGUUGGGCCAGAGAGAUGGUCAAACGGGCCACCGCAUAGAGGACUCCAUGUUUCCUUCCAUUCGUGCUUGCUUUCGCGGUUUCUCUUCUCUUUCUCGUGAUUCCUUAUAUCGAUAUCGCGCGCAUGCGAUCUACAUUUUCUCAUAUUGACAGCUCUCGCCAUCUCAAGGAGGCACAUCAUCUGUCACGAUUUGCACGUAGUAGACUGAAUGGCUACAAUCACAGUAUUUCAUGUUUCUUUCUCCCUCAUCGCAAUCAUCUCUCUCAACACCUGUAGCCUUGCGCAUCUUGUUCUCCUCUUCUGUUGUCUAUGGCUUUCGGCGGUGCAUCUUAACGAUUCUAGCUAUUAAGUAAUGAAUACCAUCAUGGGCAGCGUCGGUAAUGAUCAGUCUUCGGAAAGCUUCAUCACCUC